ACCCAUUUCCGGGUCAUAGAAGAAGGAUUGUUUAGCCUCAAAGUAGCUUGGACCCCUCCUUUAGGAAAAUUGGAAGGCUACAAGAUCUACAUGCUGACAAACGGGUCUGGGAUGACCUUGGAAAAGAUUCUCGCCAGCGAUGUCUCCUCGCACGUCCUUGAUAACCUACUGGAGGAUAAAGACUAUGCAGUCAGCAUUUAUGCCAUCUAUCUAGAAGGGACAAGCCGGCCGGUGUCAACGACCGGCCGAACGUUGAAGCUGUUGCCCGUGGAAAGCCUCAAGCUCCAGAAUGCAACAACCAAUACUAUCCAGGCCAGAUGGAUGCAAGUCAGGGGCGCGUCAGGAUACAGACUAACCUGGGUGUCUUCAGAAGGGAGCGUUCAGAAUGUGAACCUGGGGGACACGUUCAGCUACUACAUGAUCCAAGGGCUGCAGCCUGGCACCGAAUACGUCGUCACGGUGAAUCCUGUCUUUGGCGCCAUUGAGGGACCGACAGUAACCGCAGAAGCAACGACCUUGUCAUCAAGUGCUGUGCGGAUUUUGAAAGCAACAGAUGUCACGAUCAGCUCCGUGCUUGUUUCCUGGAAUUCAGUGCCAGGGGCCACUGGAUACCGAGUGACGUGGGGUCCGACUCCAGAAUUCUUUGGCAGAGACCGACCUCGGCAGCUUGCUCUGAACAGCUCUACCACAGUUUACCGCCUGCAAAAGUUGGCCCAUAACACUGAAUAUGUUAUUUCACUCUAUGUCCUUUUUGGUUCGGUAGAAGGGCCUGGAAUCACCAUUACCGCAAAGACAUCUCCUCUGGGCUAUGUGACUAAUUUCAGGGUGACCUCUUACACAAGCACUUCCAUCUCUCUGUCUUGGAGCGCCGUCCCUGCUGCCACCAAAUACAAGGUCAUCUGGAGGCCAUCCGGAGCAGGGCAAGAGAAAGACACGGCUAAGAGCCGGCUCUUGGACAGCUCACUACUUGCUUAUUGCUUGGAAAAUUUGCUGCCCAAUACCCAGUACACCAUUGGGAUUUGUGCUGUGUUUGGAGUCUCCAACGGAAAAGUGGUCACUCUUACACAAGGCACUGGUAAGGACCUAUCCAUUCCUCUUUCAACAGUUCCAUCUGCCACACCUGCUACAACAAGUCUUCUGUCAGUGAGUUCAAGUCAAUUCCCUCCUCCAACAGCCACGUCUGUUGGACCAAGAAUCACUGCUGCACACACGGCAAGGAUCGCCAAGGUGCCAGGACCUUCAGCGACCACCUCUGGCUCAAUCUGCAGCAAAUCCAAAGCAGACAUUGCCUUCCUAGUGGACGAGUCUUCGAGCAUCGGCCAAAGCAACUUUGCCAAAAUAAAGGACUUCCUCUUCCGCAUUGUCUCUUAUUUCCCCAAAAUUGGGCCUGAAGGUACACAGAUUGCUGUAGCUCAGUACAGUGAAGAGCCCAGGACGGAAUUCCACUUUAACCAGUAUAAGGAUCGGAGUGGCAUUCUAAAAGCUCUCAAGAGACUCCGCUAUGCUGGAGGGAACACAAAGACGGGCAGGGGCAUAGGCUAUGUGCUGAAAGAGAUAUUUCAAGCCUCCAAGGGGAUGAGGCCCUCUGUGUCCCGAACCUUGGUUCUGCUGACGGACGGACAAUCUCAGGAUGAUGUGAUGCCCCCGGCCAAAGUGGCCCACCUUAUAGGGAUCCGCAUGAUUGCUGUGGGUAUUUCAGGGGCUGAUCCUGAAGAACUGAAAAGGGUCUUGUUGCAUCAGAACCUGUACAACCUCUUCUACGUCAGGACUUUUGAUGACCUUCCGCAGAUCCUACGGGAGCUCAUACAAACCAUUUGCUUUGGCUCCCAGCAAGUGGGUGUUGUGCCUCAGGAAAAGAGGGAGAUGAAGAAGGGAGAACUGCCAUUGGAUGCGAAGACAACAUCGCCCAUCUCCAGUUCCUCUUCGGCUCUUCUGACGGUUCAGACCCCACAAGGACCUUGUGAUCUCAAAUGCUCAAAAGCACAGAAGGGAGAGAAGGGAGACCAAGGGCCACCUGGAGAUGUGAGCUUCAUGGGCCUGCCUACCGGAGGGGGUUACGACCCAUUUAAUUUUGCCACCAAGGGGGAGAAAGGAGAGCGGGGCCUUCCUGGUAAAGAUGGAAUUCCUGGACUUCCUGGCCGGCCUGGGCGGACGGGCCCUCCUGGCUCUCCUGGACUGAUGGGCCACCCUGGUAUCCAAGGGGAUCAUGGGCCUUCAGGGUAUCCGGGACCCCCAGGGCCAAAAGGAGACAGGGGGGAGCCAGGAUAUGUGUUAGGAGGCGUGGAAGUCAUUCCUGGGCAAAAUGGACUGCCUGGACCCCCUGGUUACAAGGGGCAGCCAGGAGUUCCCGGCGUGCCAGGCCCACCAGGUUUGCCCGGACUACCCGGACCACAGGGACCACCCGGAUUGUCAGUCAAGGGUGAUCCAGGAGACCCUGGGAUCAGAGGGCCUCGAGGAAAGAGUGGCACCAAGGGAGAGAGAGGAGACGUGGGAGAGAUGGGAAAAGCUGGUUUACCGGGACCCAUAGGGCUGGAUGGUACUCCUGGUGCUUCUGGGCCAAAGGGUGAAAAGGGCGAGGUAGGAGUUGGGCUCCCAGGGGCCCCUGGUUUAAAGGGAGCAGAAGGAGACAAGGGGGCAACGGGGCUCUCUGGAUCCCAAGGGCAGAAGGGUGAACAAGGAAUGCUGGGCACGGAAGGACCACCUGGCCUGAGGGGUAAAAAAGGCCAAGAUGGUGUCAAAGGGGAAAAGGGAGAGCGUGGUGAAGCAGGGCUGAAGGGUCUUCAUGGGAUUGCGGGUCUUCCAGGCCCCGUUGGACCCAAAGGAGACCAAGGCAUCCAAGGAUUUCCUGGUGCUCCUGCUAUGGGGGUGGUGGGACCUUCCGGAAAGAAAGGCAGUAGGGGGGAUUUGGGGCCAAUCGGCCCUCCAGGUCCAAAAGGAGACCCCGGGAACCAAGGAGAAACGGGGGAGAAGGGAAGCCCAGGGUUCGGCAUUCCAGGGCAACUUGGGCUGAAGGGAGAGCCCGGAGAAAGGGGAAACGUUGGUCUAUCCGGCAAGCCAGGGCAAAAGGGGGAAACUGGUCCCAAGGGUGAUAAAGGUGAGCCAGGAGUAUCUGGAAGACCAGGGGAGCCCGGCCUAAGAGGUAAAGAUGGAGAGCCAGGGAAGAAGGGGGAGCCUGGGGUCCAGGGAGAAGCAGGCACUCCUGGGGAGCUGGGAGAAAGAGGAAUCCGGGGUCCUUUGGGUCUGCCAGGACGUCCUGGAGAGCGAGGGAUGAAAGGAAGUACAGGAGAACCUGGCAAGGAUGGAGCCAAUGGAGAGAAAGGCGACAAGGGCGAAUCUGGACAGCCUGGCCCUCCUGGGAUUCCUGGAAAGACUGUUCCUCCUCUGGAAAACAGGAUCGUCAUCAAAGGAGAGAAGGGAGAUCCUGGGCCGCCUGGGAAAGGCCUGGAUAUCAAGGAUUUGGAAAGACUUUUUGAAGCUUAUGGCAUCAAGCUGGCUCUGUUGAAGGAACUGAGUGACCUUCUCCAACGGGAUGGCGUUGAACUGGUGACUCAGCAAAUGGUUAGCUCUCGGAAGGGGAAAGGGAAGGCAGCCAAGAAGAAACAAGGAUCUAAGCAAGCCACAGACGGUGUGAGCCCGUUGAAGCAUGAUGUUUCUGGUGAGCACCUAGUUAGCAUCACGGAAGCUACUGAAGAAGAAGAAGAAGACCUGAGCCUAGAUUUGGAAUACCCAGUUCCAGAAGCUGAGGAAUACGUUUCCUCUCCUUCCACUUCCCCACCUGCCACUCUGGCUAAGGCUGCUGCAGAUCAGAAGACUAUGGCAACUACUAAUAGCCAUCCUGGUGACUCUGUGGUGUCAGAGGCCACAGCUGAUGCCAGAGGCCUAAAGGAGCCAGAUGCUCAGCCUCAAAGGAAGAUGGACAAGAACUCUUUACAGCAGGCAGGCACGGCUGAGGAUACCCUUUCAGAGACCCAGGAUGGAGUGUGGUCUCUAGAAGAGUCACCAAUAAGGAAAGAGACAGAGGGAGAGCUCACUUAUUCCAAGCCAAGCCAAUCUGAGUCUGGGGGAAGAUCCCACAUCACCAUCUGA